AUGGCAAGCCUCAAACUCUUCGGUGCUCUUUUCAUUGCUCUCUUUGCUGUGGCCGCAGCAACCACCUACACAACGACCGUCACCACAAUCACCACCACCACCGAAGACGAAGGAUCCUCCUCGCAACAAGGCAGCAGGCAGCAAUGUCGUGAAGAGAUCCAGAGCAAGGACUUCAACAUGUGUGAGAAAUUCCUUAUGCAAGGUCAACAACAAGGAGGAGGAAGUCUGAGAAUGAUUGUCCAGAGCGACCAGGUGAAAGAAGGACAACAAGAUAUGCAGACACAAUGCUGUGAACAGCUGAGACAAGUUAAGCCCAUGUGCCGAUGCGCGGCGAUUCAGGAUGUUGUGAAGCAGCAGAUGGAGGGUGGACAGAGCAUGCAGAGCCAGAAAAUGAAACAGAUGCUGCAGAAGGCCCAGAAUCUCCCAAGUCAAUGCAACUUUGACCAGCCACAGGAAUGCCGAUUUGGACAGUCCUAUUGGAUUGCAUAA